AUGACUUUUUUAUAUUUUUUAGAACAUUGUAUUUUUUUUAGACUAUUUGAAGCCUCAAACUGCAAAUCGGUUGCGGUAGCAGACUGUGGUAGUUGGGUGGAUGGGCAUUGGCAUUGGGAGUUGGAGAAAUUAAAUAUAGAGAUGAAUGGUGUUGUGGAAGUGCAACUGUGUGACCUUGUCAUAUUGCUGGCAGAAGUGAACCUUGUCCAAGGGAUGGAAGACUGUGUUGGUUGGCCAAGAGAGGCUUUAAAUAUGUUUUGCACAAAAUCCUGCUAUAGGCUUCUCAGCAAUGAAUCAUGUGACUCAGGUUUGGACUCAAAUUCGAGAAUGGCGUUGGAUUUGUUGUGGAAAACUAGGAUUUCGUUGAAGAUUAAAGUAUUUGGUUGGAGGAUGAUUUUGAAUAGGCUAGCUUCACGAGUAAAUCUUGCGCCUAGAGGUCUGAUUACAAACCCGCAUGAAAAAGUGUGUGUCUUUUGUUUUCAAAGUUGA